CUUACGUCACUCAGCUCUUCCUCUUCUCUCGCCGUCGUAGUGGGGAAAGGACUGCGGUCGAAAUGUCGUCCCACAAGACUUUCAGGAUCAAGCGCUUCCUGGCCAAAAAGCAGAAGCAAAACAGGCCCAUUCCUCAGUGGAUCAGAAUGAAGACUGGGAACAAGAUCAGGUACAACUCCAAGAGGAGACACUGGAGGAGGACGAAGCUGGGCCUGUAAACCUGUUACACAGAAUCCAUCCUCCAUUCCAAAGGACUGCCAACUGCCAGGGUGGAGCCACAACUAUUUUGUACACCCUGGCUCUAUGUUCCAUGUUUGAAAAUUAAAGAGCUGUAAUCAAACAAA